AUGUCUGCUCUGGGGAUGCCUCCUCACAUAUUGGCACUUUUUGAAGCGCGUCCUCCCCUUGAACAUCUCCCUUUUGCAGACACUACACUAAGGCGUAAGCCUGGCGGCAUGGCUCAGUAUGUCAAAGAAUUUUCAGAUGAAAUACCAGUACCACAACCUCAUUUUGAGACGCCUAAAGAACGUAGAGCUAGGAAAAAUAAGGAGAAGAUUGAAGCACAUCUCCUCCGUCAGAAGAAUUUGAUUGAACAGUAUGACCCCAAAUCUGGUAAUUCUUUGACACAUGACCCAUAUAAGACACUAUUCAUAGGCAAUUUGGCUUAUGAAGCUACGGAACGCCAAUUGAGGAGUGAAUUUGAAGCCUACGGGAAGAUCAAACGAAUUAGAAUUAUUGCGGAUGCAAACGGUAAUCCUAGAGGCUAUGCCUUCAUCGAAUUUGAUACUGAAAGGGAAAUGGUUAACGCCUAUAAGCGUGGAGAUGGGAGAAAGAUAGCUGGUAGGAGGGUUAUCGUAGAUGUGGAGAGAUCCAGAACGGUAGCUGGUUGGUUACCGAGGCGGUUAGGAGGGGGGAGGGGUCUGGCUAGGGGCUCCAAGAAAAAUAUACCUCCGGUUAAUAUUAAUGCCAACCCUGUCAAUUCUAGUAGAGGAUACAGCCAACCCAGAAAUAGUACAAGGAGUUAUAGCCAAUCAAGGUCUGGCUACGGUAGAACCAACAGUCGUUAUGAUUACAGCUCAAGAAGUGCCUGUACAGGACGGUCAGAUUCAAUGCACACAGAAAGACGGGAAUACAACAAUUUAAACCAUUCAAACCCAGAAAAUACCAGAUCAAGUGGCGGUUCAUCGCAUUAUGGAGAAAAUUUUGGAGCAGAUAAGUACGAUGAUAGACGCAAUAAUGAGAGGAGGAGGGGUAGGAGUGAGGAUAAGAGUUCAGAUCGCAGAGACAGGAGUUAUGAUAGGGACUAUGGAAAUGAAAGAGAUUAUAAGAGACAUCACAUCUAA